AAGCGGGGAGGGGCGCGGAGCUGGGUGGUCGCGCGUGCUGUCCCGCUCCGCUCCGGUGCUGCCAUGGUUGCGCUGCCUGGCGCCGCGGCCCCGCGGCUGCUGCUCAUCCCCGGCAAGGCGAAUGAGCCCGCGGGCCCCGCGCCCGGCCGCCAGCUCUCCGUUGUUUUGCCGGCGGGAGCGGCCCCGGGCCUGGAGGCGCCGCAGCCCGCCCGCAAGCGGCAGCGCCUCACCCAUCUGAGCCCAGAGGAGAAGGCGCUGCGCAGGAAGCUGAAGAAUCGCGUGGCGGCGCAGAGUGCGCGGGACAGGAAGAAGGCAAGAAUGACAGAGUUGGAGCAGCAGGUGGUGGAGCUGGAGGAGGAGAAUCAGAAGUUGAUUCUAGAGAACCAGCUCCUGCGGGAGAAGACAUGCAGCCUUUCUUUGGAGAACCAGGAGCUUCGCUGCCGUCUGGGUUUGGAUGCUCUGAAGACAGAGGAUGAGAAUGAGUCCAAUGUUGUGAAGGAAUCUCAGGUGGAUGAGAUCAAGUUGGUGACCGGGUCCGCUGAGCGCAGCACUCAGACUACGUGUUCCUCUGCAGCAGGUGCAGGCCCAGCAGUCACCAGUUCUGACAGCUUCCACAUGGAUUCUGAUAGCAAUGAUUCUUCAGACUCUGAAUCUGAUCUCCUGUUGGGCUUUCUGGACAGUUUGGACCCAGAGAUGUUUCUCAAAUAUGCUGAUUCAGAGUCAACGUGCCUGGAAAAGCUGGAGGAAGAUAUUUGCGGAGAAACAAAUUCCAUACCAACCUCCCCCUCUCCGUCUUUGGGGUCCUCAUCAGCUAAGUUGGAGGCCAUUAAUGAACUGAUAAGGUUUGAUCAUGUAUACACAAAGCCUCUAAUUUUGGAGAUUCCUGUUAAAAUGGGCAACCAAGCUAAUAUGCUAGUGAAAAUAGAGGAAGUAUCUCUCUCUCAAUCUGAAGGUAAAGCUAUCCCUGAGACCCCAGUAUCUGUGAAGGAGGAACCUAUAGACACCUGCUUCAUGCCUGAACUGGGCAUAUCUCAUCUGCUUUCCUCUCAUCACAGUCUUGUAACCUCAAGCUGUCUGUUGGAUGCCUAUAGUGACUCUGGAUAUGAAGGAUCUCCUUCACCCUUCAGUGACAUGUCCUCUCCACUUGACACUGACCAUGCUUGGGAGGAUAGUUUUGCCAAUGAACUCUUCCCCCAGUUGAUCAGUGUCUGACUUGGUAGGGUUAACUGUCCUUGGAUCACUAUACUGGUAGCAUAACAGGACAUGUCCCUUCUUGGGGAGAAGGGUGGGGGGAAAUGACGGUUCUUAAAUGUUGCUCACCUUUCCCCUGAGUGCUAGUAGUGAUGGCCAGUGCAUUUUUUUUCUCCCUGGGAUGAAAAGUAAAUUCUCUUCCUCCUGCCCCAAAGAUGAAAUGAAUGUUAGCUUAUGAGGGAUGAAAUUUGCAUUCUCAGUAACUUGCUAGUUAUGGAGGAACCUGAAAAUUGGAACUCUUUUGUUCUUAAAAGUGAGAAUUCUCAUAUCAAAGGCUUUGAGAUGUUUGUAUAGACAGCUAGGUUAAAACUAAGUAGUCUGUAUCUUACAGAUUUACUGUAUAAAUGCUUGUUUUCAAUUUGCUGUGUAGAGUUGCUUUUUCUGUUUUAAUAUUUAAAUGUACCUGUGCAAUUAAAGUGCAAUGAAGUUCAUUAUUAA